AUGUCAGAUUUACUUUCCGGGGCUUCCGUCAUGGAGACCGCGGUGGAGGUAAUUCUGCGACCCGUCCCUCCCCUCACCCAGAUAAAUAGUACGCAUUAUGUCUCCAACUCAUCUGAGGUUAUCUCGUUACGGUUUUUCCAUGAAUGGCAGAGCUUUAAACAGGAUGUUCUCGAAGCAUCCGAUUCUUUAGAUCUUAGCCAUCCUGUGCCUUACACGGAUGAUGUGUCAGAAAGCUACGUCGUUGGAAGCGAACUUGGUUUGACCGGAAGGUUCUCCAAGAAUGUCUGUGACCCAGUUUCGAAAGUGUUUGCCACUACUUGCCUCUCCCACUUGAAGUUCGGUGAUUAUCAGUCCUCUGCAGGGCCAACGGACACGAGUCAAGUGCCUGAUAUCACUAUGUUCAACACAACGGGACCACCUCGCCCAGCGGCUGUCGGAGAACUCAAGUCUUUCUGGACAGUUGAACUUGAGGACUAUUCCAUUCGCGAAGGCUAUCAACGGUUAAUCGGCAUCCAGCAUCACAUUGCCCAACUCGUCAAGUACAUGCGGUCGAAACGGCUCCUUACCACUUUGACAUCGUUACCGAUUGCAAGAGACGCAUCGAACCCCAGUCUCCGGCAAUGCUUCUUGGCGCUAGGUGUAGUGGCUUCCAAAGAUUGGAAAUUUAUUGAACCCCCUGACUUCAACAUCGCCCAGCUCGGCGUUCCGACGGGCCCUUCACUCCAAGCGUCCAUCCGUCCAUCCGCUUUCCGGAACCAAAUCGGCACCAAGGAGGAGAUAUCGGACAUGCUUGGCUCGUCGUCAAUCCUUUACGGGGCCGAUGACGGUCUUGCAACGACGUUCGUAAAUUGCAAGAGGAUUAUCCAGCAAUCCUCCGCCAAGGCGAUUUAUGAAGUCACAUGGGAUGGAAAACCGGCCAUCGCGAAAUGCUGGUCACCGUCUCGAGUCGAACGGUUUGCUGACGAAGCGAGGACGUAUGAGAACAUCCAUGCGCAACGUCCAGCCGGUUUCGAUUUUUUCCCCUCACUACUAAGCAUCGGCAAGAUCUGUUGCUCUUCGAUCUUUCCCCAGGGUUAUAUCAUUGUGAUGACAAAGGUUGAUGGGGAACGGCUCGACAAACAAUGGAACCAACUUUCUGCAAGCGUCAAGGAGCACAUACGUUCAGAGAUUUACAAGGCUAUCAAGGUCCUCAGGCGAGCGUCAACCAUUGUUAUCGACUCCGGGAUGCAUAAUGUCUUGUAUGACCCGGAAACCAAUGCUGUAACAAUGGUGGAUUUUGAGUUGAUGCAAGCAUGUGAGGAGGACACCAUGAGUCCUGACGAACCAGAAAUGUUUUCCAUAUUCGGGCAUUACCCUUCGCGCGUACGGGUUCGUCACGAGGGUGGUUAG